CCUGAUUUUACUUCAAUAUUUUGGAUGUAAAUGUUUAUCGAAUCGUGACAAACUAUAUAUCUUUGGAAAGGUCUAAGCCUCUAGAAUACAGAUAUUUUCAGUGUUUUAUAGGGAGAGUAAUUGAUUCAUUUAUGAUAAGAGUGCGCCUAAAACAUUGAUAAUCCUACUAUAUGUCACAUGUCACCUUAAAUUGUCUUCUUUAAAACAAGACCAAGAUUAGGCUUCUAGCCCAAAAAAUGCCAGAGUUAUAUUCAUUUGAAGUGCAAAUCAACUUUUCACCCCCCCACUCAAAAGGGUGGUGUGACAGUUAUGGGGUUAAAGUACACCAGGAGAAGAAAAUAUGAUCUACCAUGUGUCAAAAUGAUGAUGUAUGGCCUUGAUUUACGACCUAACACCUUAUGAGUUGUUUGCUUCCUGUAAUAAAAUAUUAUGGUGGCAAUUAAUGUUUAUACCCCGGAAAUUACUCCGGAAAUUACUCAGGAAAUGAUGUUUGUCCAGGUGUCCUAUGGUCUCUGUUGUUUCACGCCUCCCCUCUCCUGUGUGAGUGUUUAAAGAAAUCAGAAGAUAGUAAAAAAGAUAAGUUAGAAUUGUAUGCCAGAAUGUUUUGCUUUUAAGCAUAAUGUCUGUGUAUAAAUCAAUACAUAUGAUUAAAGAAAUAAGAAGACCUGAUGAAGAAACAAUGUUAAAUAAAAUAAUUGUAAUAGUAUUUAGGUAGGUUUUUUAAAAAAGAGGUACCGGUUAGGAGCUCAAUUGAAUAAGCUGUUGUCUUCCUGUCUUGAAGGUUGUAGUGUAAAUCUUUCCUUCCAAGCCAGUCAUCGUCGUCUAACUGGGUCACGCCCCAAGACUUCUGAUACGUCAGUACAGUUCAAUAGAAUAAAAGUUUAGGAACUCGGCUAGGUGUUAAGACAUUUCCUUUCCCUGCAGACUAAAUGUCUGCUCACGCCAAAGGGUAUUCCUUGAUAUUCAAAUAUUACUUCCUUGCAGUCUCUGUCAUCUCCCACAAACAAGGUGCCAUGGUUUUACAAUAAUCUAGUUCAAUAGAUCUAUACUUUACGACCUAUGCGAGGUGUUAAGACAUUUCCUUUCCCCCUGCAGACUAAGCGUCUGCUCACGCCAAAGGGUCUUCCUCGAUAUUUGAAUAUUACUUCCUUGCAGUCUCUGUCAUCUCCCACAAACAAGGUGUCAUGGUUUUACAAUAAUCUAGAUCAAUAGAUCUAUACUUUUACGACCUAUGCGAGGUGUUAAGACAUUUCCUUUCCCCCUGCAGACUAAGCGUCUGCUCACGCCAAAGGGUCUUCCUUGAUAUUCAAAUAUUACUUCCUUGCAGUCUCUGUCAUCUCCCACAAACAAGGUGUCAUGGUUUUACAAUAAUAAUAUAGAUCAAUAGAAUAAAAGUUUAGGAACUCUGUUAGGUGUUAAGACAUUUCCUUUCCCUGUAGACUAAGUGUCUGCUCACGCCAAAGGGUCUUCCUUGAUAUAUGAAUUCAUCCUUUCUUAAACACACACCUUUUUUGGGGGGAAAACAGAUCUUUUGAAUUGUAGUGAUUAAAUGUAAUUCAAUAAAAAAGUAGAUUUAAGUAUAGCAUUGCUUAUUCUUUUGUGCUUUAGAUGUCUACACAUAUAAAAAGUCGGUCUACACAUAUAAAAAGUCGUAUACAUAUCGUUAUAAGUAUGCGUGGGUGAAAUGUUAUGUCAUUUGUCUUAUACUGUUUAAAAUGUUAAUAUAUUAAAUGUAUGAUUUAAAAUAAAUUAUUCUUUUAACAGUGAUAAGUAAUUAUACUUUUAACUACAGGUUUGUCUAGUUCAUUCUUUUUACCCAUCAGUUUUCAUGAAGAUAUAUUCUUUACAUUAUAUAUGUAUAAGUAUCUAUAAUUUACUAGAGAAGCUUAUAUAUCUAGUUGAUAAUCUUAUUUGUAAAAGGUUUAAAAAAUUAAAUAGCCAAAUAAAAUAUAGGGUGGGGUUUGUGUCAUGUAAAUAUGUGGGGUACGGCCUCCUGAGUCUGGCAAGCCCCGCCUCCGUAGUUCAAAAGGUUGGAUUCUGAUUUGGGCCCUUACACCAGUAACUGGUUUUCGCGAGGACAUCUCUUUCUCUCAGUUAUAUUAAAGAGGCCUUGUUUUAUUUUUCUCAAACAAUGGAUUCAGGACUUGCUGGUAAGUUAUUUUAUUUGUUUUUAUAUGUUUUAUUUAUCAUGUUUGAUAUACCAAGUUAUCUUCAUUUGUAAAAACAGUCUUAUUUUGUUUUUAUUUUUAACAUUUAACAGGCUUUUAAAUGUGUAUGUAUACGAUACAGGAAUUUUUAAAACGCUACCUCCCUACCAACAUUUUGACCAGAUCGACCAGCUUUGUAAGUGUUUUAAGUAUAUUUUCAAGUAAAUUUCCUGAAUGAUCAUAUGAGCGCAUUUAUCUAUGUAUAUUUUAUAUUACACGUUUAUUCCAAAUUAGUGAAUUCUACUUUGAUAAAUAUUGAAGAGCAAAGCGACACUAGGACCAGCGAUCUGCAAGUUAAUAACCCCGCAAUAAAUGAGGGUUCUCAAGGCUUUAAUGAGGGCUGUGAACUGCAAGAUGCUGCAUUACUAGUCACACAACCAGGAUUUGUACCACAGAAAACCUCUACAAAAUCUUCAAGACUUAGUCUUAGUCGGAAACGUAAGCAGGCCCGUUCUAAUACCUGUGAUAAAAGGACAUGCCCGGACCAUACACUAGUUUCUGAUGUGCAACCUCUGGAUACUACCACAGAUUUCAUUAAAACAGUUGAUUUCUAUACAGAAAACCUGUUAGGAGCUGGAGAUGUCACAAAUUCAUGGUAUGCGGCGUUGGCUAGGGGCUCAGAAGCUAACGGUGAUGCAAUAGUACCGGUAGUUAAUACCGUACUGCCAUCGUCUUUGGACCCGCAGACAUCUGUGGCGGUUAAUCUGCCAAGUGUGGUUGGUGCCGGUGUUGAGGAUGAAUCUUCUGUGAUUUUUGAAACAUCUCUACCUACAAACCAGGAACAUUUCAUCAAUGAGUUGUUGCAGGAAUUGACAGCUCGAGUGAGAAGACAGGCUGAAGGCAUCGCUGCCAUAAUUUCAAGGUGUACAGAUCAAGACGUAUUGCUGAGAAGACUGACUGAAGGCAUCGCUGCCAUAAUUUCGUGGUCUAAAGAUCAAGAGUUAUUGACCAGACUUAUAUUUGAAGCUCACAAAAAGACUUCUGAAGAACAAAACUUGGUGAACAGAGUGCUGCUUGAUCGCUUGGUGGACGUUGAAAAAGCCCAGAGAAAGGAGUUCGAUGUACAGCGAAACACGGUAAUUCUAAUUCAACAAGUUAAAGAUGCUGUUUCACACAAUAAUGGUUUAUAGUUGAAAUAAGUGUUGUUGUUGCUGGGUUUUUAUUCUACUAUUUUGCAAAAGUUGUUUUAAAUGUGUUUUUUAAAUAUGUUUUGAUUAUUUUUGGUGUUGCUGGGUUUUAUUCUACUAUUUUGCGAAGCUGUUUUAUAUGUGCUUUUAAAUAUGUUUUGAUUAUUUUGGUGUUGCUGGGUUUUUUCUACUAUUUUGCGAAGCUGUUUUAAAUGUGUUUUUAAAUAUGUAUUUGGUUAUUUUUGGUGA